AUGGCCAUGGGAGGCCCCUCCUGGCCCAAUUUGCAGUGCCUGGUGCGGCGGAAGCCGGCGACGGCGAGCUCCGCUGGCUGGGCUGAAGACGCCGACAGGGGAGGUGGCCAGCGCCUCGCCAGGACGCUAUCUGUUCCCCACCUCGCCGCCAUCGGUGUCGGUUCGACGAUUGGCGCCGGCAUCUAUGUCCUAGUUGGAACCGUGGCUCGUGAGCACACCGGGCCAGGCCUGACGCUCUCCUUCCUGAUAGCCGGCGUCGCCGCGGCGCUUUCAGCAUUGUGCUAUGCUGAGCUCUCCUGCCGUUUCCCUUCAGCAGGGAGCGCCUAUCACUACUCCUACAUCUGCAUUGGAGAGAGUGUUGCUUGGCUGAUUGGGUGGGCCUUGAUCCUUGAGUAUACCAUUGGCGGAUCAUCAGUGGCACGUGGCAUGUCGCCAAACUUGGCUCUAUUUUUCGGUGGCCAAGAUAAGUUGCCGUUCUUUCUAGCACAAGUGCAUGUCAAAGGGCUUGACACCCCACUUGAUCCAUGUGCUGCUAUUCUUGUUCUGAUAAUUACUGCAUUACUGUGUCUGGGAAUUAAAGAGAGCUCAUCUGUGGAAGGCGUCAUCACCACUGCAAAUAUCAUAGUGAUGCUCUUUGUCAUCUGUGCUGGUGGAUGGCUAGGAUUCAGGAAUGGCUGGGUUGGUUAUAAAGUGCCAGAAGGUUAUUUCCCUAAUGGUGUCAGUGGAGUUCUCUCUGGAUCAGCAACCCUCUUCUUCGCAUUCAUUGGCUUUGACACAGUUGCUAGUACGGCCGAGGAGGUAAAGAAUCCUCGGCGCGAUCUUCCAUUGGGAAUGGGCCUGACCUUGUCCCUGUGUUGCUUCCUCUACAUGAUGGUUUCUGCUGUUGUGGUCGGUUUGGUGCCGUACCACGCGAUGGAUCCGGACACCCCUAUUUCUUCUGCGUUUGCGCGAUAUGGGAUGCAGUGGGCCGAGUAUGUUGUUUCCAGUGGAGCUGUUCUUGCUCUUGUGGCGUCCCUGAUAGGUGGUAUUCUUCCCCAGCCAAGAAUUAUAAUGGCUAUGGCUAGAGAUGGAUUGCUCCCGCCACUGUUCUCAGAUGUUAAUCGAAAAACUCAAGUGCCAAUCUUGAGCACAGUCCUAAUUGGCAUAUGUGCUGCUAUCCUGGCCUUUUUCAUGGAUGUCUCCCAAUUGGCAGGGAUGGUAAGCAUGGGAACCUUAUUGGCAUUUACUACGGUUGCCAUUUCUGUUUUAGUAGUAAGAUAUGCUCCUCCGUAUGAGAUGCCAAUGGAAGUGGCUCUUGCAGGAUCAUCUGAGUCACUAGCUUCAUUCUCUGGGCACUUAGAGCAUGAUGAGCAAAAUUCAGAAGAUCCUUUUGGCAAUGUUCAAGAAGCACUUACUGUCAUUGAGGUAGCCAGCAAAGUGAGGCGACAGAAAGCCAUUGGAAGCAUAGUAUUGAUAUGUGUCGGAGCCAUCAUCUUGAUUUCUGCGGUUUCUGUCUCCUUUUUGCCAUUGCGGAUUGGUAGUGUUGAGUUCUUCUAUUGUGCUUUUGUGCAUUGGACAAGACAAGAGAUUUUUGGGACAAACUGGAGGUUUCAUGUGCCCGUUGGUCCCAUUGCUUCCAAUUUGUUGCAUCAUCGUCAACUUAUACCUGCUUAUGAACCUCGGAAAAUGAAAGCACAUGGCGACUACAGAAGCUGUUUUCUCAAAGAUGUCUGGGGGUUUCUGAUCCCUGCAGUUUUGAAGGAGGACCAGGAUAAUGAACAUAGACAGGCACAUGUACGAAAGAAGUACAGAAGUGCCCAGUGUCCAGUCUCGUAUGACCUUGUUUCCUUCUCUGGCAAUUGCACAAACUACUGGAACAAUUUACAGUUACCUCUGUAA